UGUAUGGAUAUAUAUAAUGAUUAUGAAGGCUUAUGAGGGGCGAAAGAGAAAAUAGAGCUGAGCUGCGAAAACCCCAAAACUCUGUUUAUCGUGUCUGCGUUUUCUUCUCAACCAGGACUAUGAUUAAACUAUUUAAAGUAAAGGAAAAGCAGAGAGAACUCGCAGAAAAUGCAAGUGGUGGACCACCCAUUAAGAAGCAAAGUGCUGGGGAGUUGCGUCUUCACAAAGAUAUAAGUGAGCUGAAUCUACCAAAAUCUUGUGCCAUUCAAUUCCCCAAUGGCAAAGAUGACCUGAUGAACUUUGAAGUUUCAAUUCGACCUGAUGAUGGAUAUUACUUAGGUGGCACAUUUUUGUUUUCCUUUCAAGUGUCUCCCAUUUAUCCACAUGAAGCACCAAAGGUUAAGUGCAAGACAAAGGUCUAUCAUCCAAAUAUUGACUUGGAAGGAAAUGUUUGUCUCAACAUCUUACGUGAAGAUUGGAAACCUGUCCUUAAUAUAAACACUGUCAUCUAUGGCUUGUAUCAUCUCUUCACGGAACCAAAUUACGAGGAUCCACUGAAUCAUGAAGCCGCUGCUGUGUUGAGAGACAACCCAAAGAUGUUUGAAUCUAAUGUGAGGAGGGCAAUGGCUGGAGGGUAUGUGGGACAAACCUUUUUCCCGCGUUGUAUUUAGACCUUUGCUCGACACCUUCAAGUUCCUGUUCAAAUAUGUCAUCAAUACUUGAAGGCGCUUGGUUUGUAAAAUUUAUCAAAAAAAUUGGAUUUUACUUUUGUCAGUUGUUAUUUUUCUUGGUGGAGCAACAGGCCAAGUUCCUAAGACGUCCAAAAGCCAAACAAGUGGAAUGUUCUUGUAACCUCUGUGCUUUAAUUGAAUGUUGAAGUGGACCAAGCAGUAAACGAGUUCAGUGAUCAAUGUUAGUAUUUUGUUUCCCCUGGAUUAUU